CAGGCUUUUUUUUAGAGUUUAAAUAAUUGUGCGCCCUCCUUGAAUAAUUCUGUGAAUUCAUAACUACAUAUAACUGCAAGGUAUUCAUUCCUUUAUCUGUACAAAAUACGGAAAGGAGUUAAGCCGAAUGAGCGGAUAAUUCCACGAUCCUUAACACCUGCGCACUGCUAAGACAAGCUACAUAAUAUCACUCCAGUGUUAGAAAUUAAUCAAAUGGCAUAAAAAAUACUGUUCACGCCAUGUUUUUAAAAUGCGUUUAGUUGUUUACGUUUUUUUCAUUUAAAUGAAUUUCUGUGUGAUGAAUACGAAACGUUGGUGUGAUCAAAUCAGUAGUUUUAAUCGGUAGACUGUCAAAAUCAGCAGCAUUUUUCCAGGUUUGUGUUUGAAACGGGCAGUGUAAAGAAAUAAAGACUUUAGGGCUCGAAACUGUGCAUCGCCAUUUUUCAAGGCGUGUUUUUAGGUACUGGUACUAUAAUGAGCAAAUCCGUCAGUCAUUAAUUAGCACGUUAUUAUAAAUAAAUUACAACAUUGUGAAGUUAAUUUAUUUACAGUUCAGAGGUUUUUCUUCUAAUAAGUUAGCAUAACACAAUUUGAGCUGAUUAAAACCUGUUCAGUGGCAUCCAGUUAACUACAGGAAAGAUACACUUUGUCUUGAACAUGGACUACUGAGACACUGAGAGGAGAUUGGAAGCCAUGUCACUUGCAGAAGGAACUAGGAGCAGCGAGGAAGCAUUAGGAGAGGAAAGCAGGCCUGUACAUAAGCAGCAGCCCGCAGAAACGCAGCCUGCUGAGCUGUGCACAACCACCAUACAAGAACAGGUCGAGCAAGACCCGCAUGGCCCAUCCUCUGGAAAAGAGGGGUUGCGGACAGAGGAAGAGGCACAGAAGAAGGGGGAGCAUGGUGGAAAAGCAGAUCCCAGUGAAGAAGAGGAGCAUGAGCCAGACCCAGGUGUGAGCAACCAGCAGGCCUCCGGACUGUCAGAAUACUCCCAAGUCCACACGGCCACUCCCAGGACUCUGUUUGAAGAAAAAAAUACCCCCGGCAUCAGAUCCCAGCCUUUGAGUUUGGAGUGGGCCUUUGGGAUAAACCAGGACCUUCCUGUGUACAGUCUCCAUGAUGAUGAUGAUAGGCUGGUGAUCCUCUAUGGCUGUGCUCAUGUUGCAGUGAUGUAUAAUCAUACCUUAAAUUCUCAGCAUAUUCUCCAGGGUCACUCCAGUCCCAUUUCGUGUCUGUGUGUCAGUGAGGACAGAAGGUGGGUGGCCACAGCUGACAGAGGUCCAGAGAGUUUGGUGAUCAUAUGGGACUCAUACUCUGGGAUUCCAGUGCAGACCCUUUUUGACUCACACCCAGAUGGGGGUGUAGUAGCUAUGGCCUUGACUAAGGAUUCAAAGUAUUUGGUUACGAUUGGAGCAGAAGCAGUUCAGAGAGUCUGUAUCUGGGACUGGACCAGUGAGGUGGAAGGUCCUGUCUGUGCAGCAAACCUGAGUCCAGAAUUUGGGUUGCAGAAUCACAUCAUUUUUAAUCCAAAUGACUGCACUCAGAUCGCCAGCAACAGUGGAAGUCAAGUUGUAUUUUAUUCCUGGGACAAUGACAAACUGAAAUACACAGUCCCGCAGCUCACAGAUAAGACGUUCAACAAGACUGUGGGAUCCUUCAGUCACUCUGUCUUCCAUUCUGGACCCUCCCUUGCAUUCACAGCGACCUCCGCUGGCAAUCUGGUGGUCUGGGACACAAUUCGCACUCCAGUACUCCUCCAGCCCCAUAACAAAAGAGCUGUCAAACUUAUUCAUCUGCAAAAGGAUGGCAUUACAGUGCUGACUGUGACAGACAGCCUCCUAGUGACAGGUGACACAAGAGGCCAUGUGAAGUUUUAUGAUGAAAACAUCCAGAUGAUUAACUGGUAUAGUCACUUCAAUCUGAGUCCAGUCAGGUCCAUUUCCUUUACAAAAGAGCUUCCAUCUCCAGCCAGAAACACCUCAGGGUAUCCAGAAGAUUGCACUCUUGAGGCCAAGCACUUUGCUGUGAGGAAUUUUGUGAUCUCCACUACCAAUGCAACUGUGGUUCACAUAACCGCUGAGGGAAGCAAGCUAGAGACAUUGGUGCAGGAGCACUUUGAGGCUGUGCACGCUGUAGCAUGCCAUCCAGGCCGGCCCCUUGUCUCCAUGGCAAGCAACUGUGGAAUCCUCAAGGUGUGGGACUAUCAGUCCAAGACGUGUAUCUGCAGCAGAAUCUUUGAGACUGAAAAACAUAUCCAGUGCAUGAUGUAUGAUCCUCAAGGAUUUUAUUUAGGAGUUGGUUUUGAUAAUGGGAGUGUUUAUGUGCUUGAUGGUCUGACCUUGGAAAACGAAUGUGAGCCCUUCAGAUACGCCAGGGCGAGUAUAACCCACAUCGCCUUCUCCAGAGACUCCCAGUUCCUCGCCACUGCUGAUGCAGGGUUAACUGUGACAGUGUUCAGACUCUCCUCUAACAAUGGCAGGAAGACGUGGAAGUACCUGGGGAGGCACCACUCCCACUAUAAACACAUUCAGGACCUCGUGUUCGGAGUCCACCUUGACAGCAGUCAGCCUCGGCUGCUGUCUCUUGGAAUGGAUAGAGUGCUGGUAGAGUAUGAUCUAAACAGUAAGGAGGAUGACCUGAGGCUCCUGAGCACAGACUGCAUCGAACAGAGUGCCGUCCCCAAGUGCAUGGCCUGGUACCCCCCCAUCACCAAGGAGAAUUUCAUCCUCACCGCCAAUGACCAGUACAAGAUGAAGCUCUUUAACUGCACCACCAAAAUGUGCAGAAAGACACUUCUUGGGCCAACAUAUGGGUCUCCAAUUGAGAAGAUUGCCAUUCUACCUGUGUCAAGUGGUGGAGACCCAAGUGCUCGCUAUCUCAGUUACAUUACAAAAGACAAGGUUGGCCUGCAGAUCUUGCCAUUAGAUGGAAAUCCCCAUAAAUCUUCUGCCCUCAUCUGUCACCCACUGGGUGUCUCUAGCUUUGCAUGCUCCUGUGAUGGCCAGCGAAUUUUCACUGCAGGGGGCAGUGAUCGCACAGUGUUCACCUGGGAAAUCAACCUGAAUGCUCUCGAGGCAGCAGCGUCUCUUGGAGGACAGGACCUCAUUCCCUUUUACAGUGUUCUUGAAGGUGGGAGAGAUGGGGAGCUUUUUAGGGAACUGGAAGACUAUUUUUACUAUUGCCAGCUGCGCAAUCAAGGAAUUGACACCAUGGAGACCCGACAGGUGUCUACAAGAAUCCCCCUGGCAGAGAUCCCUUUUGUCAUGCGGGCAUUGGGAUUCUACCCCUCUGAGCAGGAGCUUGAAGAUAUGCUGAAUGAGGUCAAAUUCAGCCAGUAUGUAGAUACAGGAAAGUAUGUGACCGACAUUGAUUUGGCAGAUUUUAUAAAACUGUAUGUAAACCAUCGCCCAGCAUUUGGGAUAUCUAUGAAUGAACUGAGGCACGCUUUUCAAGUUCUGGGUUAUGAAAAUGAGAAUGGGGAGAGAACACUGAACAGGGGAGAGCUACUGCAGCUGCUGCAGGCCAGAGGUGAGCACAUGACUGAAGAGGAGCUAGCCGAGUACUUCUCCACCUUGAUGGGGCUAAAUCCUGAAGGGGGGAGGUUGGAACUGGGAAGCUUUGAUUCUACAGGUUCGGAGUCUCUGCUGGAAAGUGUGAUUCCUGAAGAAAUCACGAUAGACACCUUGACAUCUGACAUACUGGGUUUUCCAGUUUUUGUCCAGGAAACUGCAUCUUCUGAAGAGGGUCAGACAGACCGAGAGUCUGCGUUGUCCUAGGCUGUGAUGCUUCCCACCACUCGUCGAUGGAGCUGCCAACCUGUAGCUGCAGCGUCUGAAAUGUGUUCCGAAGUUGCUUUCACCUUCAACACUUUGUCAGUAAAAUUCGCAUUUUUUUUUUGCUCUCUUUAGUAUUUGAACAUUUUUACAGUUAAGAAGCUGGAGUGGCUUACCGCAGAUUCUAAAUCUUAACUUUUGUUUUAAAUAAAAUAUUUUACCUAGA